AUGUACAGAUAUGUUGAGUUUCACAUCAACUCAAUAUUGCUGGACAUUACACUGCCUCCUGGACCUGAAGCCACACCCACUACAAUACUGGUAAAAGUUAGUAAAAGAACCACAUUAGCUCAAUUGAAGGAGGAGCUAGUUCCACUGAUUGGUGUACCACCUACUGGUUUUAGAGUGUAUAGAAUUAUUGGUAAUGAAGAAUAUGAAAUGAAAAAACUGGAUGAGACAUUUAAGGAUGGAUCAAAGUUGAUAGUAAGGCUGGGUAGAGAAUUAAGAAGAGGAGAGAAAAGAAUUAAAUUAUAUUUAUUACAAGUUAACAACACAGAGUUUUGUAAGUAUAUGAUGGAGUCUAUUGUUGCUGAGGAUAUACCAGUGAGAGAAUUGAAGAAACAAAUUAUUGAAGAAGUGAAAGUACUAGGAAUUGACUUUGUCCUUGAAUUAGACAAAAUGAGAUUACGUGAAAAGAAUGGAGUGUCCCCUGGUAGAGUAUAUCUUGAUCAUGAGAGGAUUGGUGAUGACUGGAUUUUUGCUACUAAUAAGGAAAUACAUGUAUACGUGGAACCAUUGAAAGCUUGUACAGUGAAGCCUUUUGAUCCUAAGGUCAAGCUGUCAGAGUUAAGUGGAGUUCCUGCUGAGUAUAUCUAUUAUUCACAGGAACUAUCAUUUCCAGUUGAUAUAUCAUGUCUUGAUAUUGAGAAUAAGUUGAGAUGGUAUUCCAUCACUUCAGACAGAUACUUAUUAGGACUAUAUGAUGGAUAUGUCCUAUAUUACAAGUACUAA